UUCAACGUCUCCUCUUUCAUUCAGGACAUCUCGUAUUACUUCUAUAACCAAUCAAAUAAGAGAGAGAGAAGAUGGAGACGAGGAGACGACCUGCCGCUGCCCGCACGUACGAAGAUUUCGAGCCCACGUCGGAACUGGUCCAUGAAGAAGGACGUGAUACACUCUUGAUCUCUCUCCCCGAAUUUAAGAAGGAAAAUAUAAAAGUCCAAGUCGAUGCUAUGGGCAACUUGAAGAUUAGUGGAGAACGCCCGCUCGACCGCAAUAAAUGGAGCCGCUUCCGCAAGGACGCCCACGUCCCAGAUAAUUGCAACUUGGAUGAGAUCCAUGCAUGGUUGGAUAAUGGAAUCCUUCACAUCACAAUGCCCAAGACGAUUACCCGAGUCGAUACCCGGGAUCAAACUAAAACUGCCAAGGAAACCCCAACACGCGAGGAGUAUGUAAAAGAACAAGGUGACACUCGCCAAAAACUGCCUUCGAGUGCCAUUGGCGAAACGAAAAUGAGCGGGAAGAGCAACGACGCUCGCCCGAAAGACAAUUUGGCUGCCACCGCAGAUAAAAAGAUAGGCGGAGAGGCCAAGGAGUCUGAAGAUGUGGACCAUCUUAGGCAAAAGAUGCCACCUAAUGAGAAAGCUGCUUUGACUGGUAUUGCUGAAAAGCAAAUGAGUGAGAAGAAGCCUGGCAUUGCUGAAAGGCAAAUGAGUGAGAAGAAGCCUGGAAUUGCUGAAAAGGAAAUGAGUGAGAAGAGUAACGUUGAUCGCAUGAAAGACAGUUUGGGAGCCCUUAUCGGCAAACAAGUUGACGGAAAGGCUCAGGAAUCCAAAGAUGUGGGCCAUGUUAUGCGAAAGAAGCCAUAUAAGGAGAGCACUCCAAGCGACGGGCCUGCAAAGCUCGAAAAGGCCAUGGAUGGGAUGAAGAAGAAGCAAGAGGAGAAUGAGCCUGUUGAUUCUGGGAAAAUGGUGGAUGGGUCGAUGGAAAAUGCGGACAGUUUCAAGGAUGGGGUGGGUGGUUUGGUCUUGGGGGCAGGGUUGGAUAAGCCUAAGCAGUUGGUGGUGAAUGUUGUGGUGGCCACAAUGGUAGUGGUGGCACUUGGGAUUUAUGUAACAAGUAAGUUUAGAUCCCAAGAUAAAGCAUGAAAUCAUUAUUGUAUUUCCUCAUUGAAUGUAUUUGUUAAGGCCUGAUGUGAAAUCGACCAUUCUUCCAUCUAAGAUAUUAAUUCCAUUUGUUUAAUAAGUGAAAUGUUAUCUUAUGCACUUUAUAUUGACCUAGGGUCCAUUUGGAUUGGAGAGCAACCCGAGACACCAGGGCAUUCGUCGAAAUAUUUGUGAUUUUGGAAGUUUUAGAAAAGAAUAACAUGUCCACAAUUAUAUUUA